UUCAAAUUGCAAAAUGCUGCUGAUCGCGAUUGUUGUGCUGCUCUUAACGAGUUGGUUCCAUUGGCGCCAAAGGGACAGGCGAGCGGCCGUUGCCAAUCUGCCAGGCCCCUUCUGUCUCCCACUAAUCGGAGCCUGGCAUCUCGCCAUCAAUAUGACUCCCAAAACUUUUAUUGAACGCUCCCAAAAAUACUUCAGGCAACUGGGAAAAUUGCAGCGUGCAUGGGUACUAAAUCGUUUGGUAAUCGUCAGCGGCGAUGUGGAGUUCAAUGAGCAGCUGAUGUCCAGCCAAGAGCACUUGGUCAAGCAUCCGGUGUACAAGCUGCUGGGCCAGUGGCUGGGCAACGGCCUCCUGCUCAGCGAUGGCAAACUUUGGCGUCAGCGGCGCAAGAUCAUAACACCGACCUUUCAUUUCUCGAUCCUCGAGCAAUUCGUGGAGGUCUUCGAUCAGCAGUCGAAUGUGUGUGUGGAGCGUCUGGAGCAGCGUGCCACUGGAGAGUGCUUUGACGUCUAUCCCUUUGUCUGCCUGGCUGCGCUGGAUAUCAUUUCAGAGACGGCGAUGGGCACCAAAGUGAAUGCGCAGCAGGCAGAGAGCACGCUCUAUGCCAAUGCCGUAACGGAAUGCACUGCCUUGAUGGCCUGGCGCUUCAUGUCGUUGAUCCAGCAAAACGAGCUGCUCUUCACACUGACCCAUCCACAUCUGAAGCUUCGCCAGAUGAAGCUCAUACGCAUCAUGCAUGAAUUUACUGCGCAGGUGAUUAAGCAGCGUCGCCAGGCCUUGGAGGCGAUGCAGGUGGCGGGCACAGAGCAGCAGCGGGAUGAGGAGGUGGGCAGCAAACGUCGCAUGGCUCUGCUCGAUGUGCUGCUGCAGGCGAGAGUCGAUGGACGAGCGCUGAGGGACGAGGAGAUAUGCGAGGAGGUGGACACGUUCAUGUUCGAGGGCCACGACACCACAACUAGUGGCAUCUCUUUCUGCCUGUGGUGCAUCUCACGGCAUCCUGAGGUUCAGGCCAAAAUGUUGGCAGAGAUCCUGGAGGUGCUGGGCAGCGAUCGCAGUCGAGCCGUUAGCAUGCGAGACUUGGGCCAACUAAAGUAUGUGGAGUGCGUCAUCAAGGAGUCGCUGCGCCGAUAUCCGCCUCUGGCGCUCGUCGGGCGCAAGCUGCAGACGGACUUCAGAUACACGCACUCCAAGUUCGGAGCGGGCGUCAUUCCCUCUGGGUCGGAGAUUUUCAUGAUAAUUUAUGGCAUGCACAAUGAUGCGGAUUACUUUCCAGAACCAGACCUCUUCAAGCCGGAACGUCAUGAGAGCAGCGAGCGCUCCUCCACAAACUUUUCGUACGCCCCCUUUAGUGCCGGGCCGCGCAAUUGCAUUGGCCAGAAGUUCGCCCUGUUGGAGAUGAAGAUGCUGCUGGCCAAGAUCGUGCGCGAGUACGAGCUGCUGCCGCUGGGCGAGCCAGUGCAGCCGGUGGUCAACAUUGUGCUGCGCUCGGAUACAGGCUUCCAGAUGGGCAUGCGCAAGCGUGGCCAGCAAUAGGGGUAUUCCUUAUAUACAUAUAUAUAU